CGAGGUCAUUAUUCAUAUCAAUUGCAAUAUCUAAUCAUGCUCUCCUUAAGAACUGCUAGUCGCGCUUUAUCCAAGUCUGCCCCAAUUGCCGCUGCUGCCUCAAUUGGCGCCGUUAGAACCAAAGUAUCCCUUCCUGAUUUAGAUUGGGAUUUUGGUGCGCUUGAACCACACAUUUCUGGUCAAAUCAACGAAAUACAUUACACCAAGCACCACCAAACCUAUGUCAACAACUACAAUGUUGCUACUGAACAAAUCGCCGAAGCAUCCGCAAAGGGUGAAGUCAAGAAGAUUGUCGAAUUACAAAAGGCAAUCAACUUUAAUGGUGGUGGAUACAUCAACCACUGUUUGUUCUGGAAGAACUUGGCCCCAGAAAAGCAAGGCGGUGGUGAACCUCCAACUGCCGAAUCCGAUUUCGCCAAGAAAGUUGUUGAACAAUACGGAUCUUUGGACAACUUGAAGGCCUUGACUAAUGCCAAAUUAGCCGGUAUCCAAGGUUCUGGUUGGGCUUUUAUCGUCAAGAACAAGGAAAAUGGUGGUGCUUUGGACGUCGUCACUACUCCUAACCAAGACACCGUCACUGGUCCAUUAGUUCCAUUAGUUGCUAUUGAUGCCUGGGAACACGCUUACUACUUGCAAUACCAAAACGUCAAGGCUGAUUAUUUCAAGGCUAUUUGGAACGUUAUUAACUGGAAGGAAGCUGAAAAGAGAUACUUGAUUAACUAAGUAGGUUUUCGUAAAGGUUGUAAAUAAAUUUUAAACUGUUUUCGCAAAAUAUUCACAUUCGCAAUCAAGUCACCUUUCUC